AUGGAACUCAAUUACGGAAAGGGAAGGGGAGUUUACUUCGACUCGGAUCGAAUGAAGGAGGAGGCGGGUGUGGCGGCGGCGGCGGCGGCGGCGGCGAAGACAGACUGGAUCCGGUUUCCGGAGGAGCGGAGACGGUAUCGCCGGGAGGGGACGUUUGAUCUCCGAGCAUUAUUUGGGGAGAGGGUCUACGAGAUGGGGCUAAGAGCGGAGAGUUAUAAUCGGGCGGCGCCAGGUUCACUGAAUUUUCCCUCGUCGUCGCCAGCUACGGUAGUAGCUGCAAUAUUUUCCUCUCACGCAGUCACGCACCCUCUUAGCUUCCUCUCCCGGUUUGCUCGAUCUUCACCGGGCACUUCACUCGGCUGCAAAAUGUCAUGA